GCUAUUUUUUAAAUCAAAUGAGUAUUUCAUAUUUGUGAUAGUUAUUUUGGUCAUUUCACGAUCAAUUCAUGAUUCAAUUUCUUCAAAAAAUAUGUAUGGUUAGGACUUUACAAUAUGACAGGACUAAGCCAAGUAAAUUUUGACGUUGAGGGUUUAGGAGAUGACGAAGAUGAAGAGCUUGACAAGGAAGAUGCAGAGCGAGAAAGAGAGCUUCACGAAUUGCUCAUUAAUGAGCUUCCUGAAGAUUUGCUUGAAGAUAACAAUGUCUCCUUCACGUCGCCUGCUCAUAGUUCUAUGAACCAAUCACUUGAAAAUAUGAACGAAAUCGAGAAUCUCAGGGAUCAUUUGGGGUCACAGGGAGCGGGACCUCCUCAAAUGAAUCAAAUUAAUAUGCUGCUAACGAAGCGUGGUGAAGAUUUUAUACAAAGGUUUGGAACUAGUACAACACCAGAUGAAGAAUACCAUCAAAUGUUGUUGGAUGACAAUGAUGUAAAAAUAUUACAAACUGAUUACCAUGACAGUAAAUAUGGAUAUACGGAAGAUGAUGGUGAAUACAGAAAUGAUCACCAUAUGCAGUAUGCAUACCAUGAUGGUGAUAAUUUAUCUGUUGGUAGUGGUGAUUCUUACCAUAAUGAUGGUGAUGAAGACAUUGUUGAUGAUGGUGGAAAUGUUGUUGAUAGAGAAGAGUAUUGUGAAGGCACAUAUGAUGUUAACAUUGAUACUCAAGGUUACAACCCAUCAUAUCAUAAUGAACUUCAGGAUUCAACUUCACCUGGCAUCAACAUGAUUGAAGAUUUCAAAGUUCAAUACAAGAGAGGAGGCACACUUGACAUGAUAUCAACACAACAUAAGAACUUUCAACAACAAUCCAUGUUAGACAAGGCAUCAGGAUCAUCAUCAACAGUGGAAAUGGCUCAGUUAAAGAUACUUCAUGAUGCAAGGAAACGGAAACUUGAGGAACUCGCAAAGGAAAUGGCCAGCAAGGAAAAGGAUUAUGAAAGACAGAUACGUGUCUUGAAGCAUCAAUUGGCACUUGCGAAAGGUGAACGCGACGGAAUGGCAUCAAGUUUGAAGCAUGCACAAGAAAUUGCAACUAACCGUCAAAGUGAAUUAGACGAAAUUCAACGUAAACUAGAAAAUGCUGAUAUCGAGAAGGAACAAUUACUUAACAAUAAAGAUGAGAUCGCCAGUCAGUUGGAGUCGGCAAAGAAAACGAUCGAAAACCUCCAUCAGCAAGUGAUGCAGUUAGAGAUCAGAGUCUCUAUCGCGAGCACGUGAACAACACGAGAACAUCAUUGCUGCAACCAAAAAAAGACAUGAGGAAGAUGUGACACGUUUGAAGCAGAAACUUGAUGAUGUUAGUAAUACGUUAAUGUGGAAGGAAGAAGAAACCAAACGACUUCAAGACGAACUUGGCCAAGCUAGAAAAGAGGCGGAUCGUGUGAGACUGGACAGAGCGGAGACCG